UCAGUAUUUUUGAAGUCAGUCUGGAGUACUGUUUAACUAUUAAGAUUUGUGUCUUAAACCAAUAACCGUUUACAGUGGUCUAUGCCCGUAUUGGAUAUUGGAUUAGAAGGAAUUGAUCCCCGCCAAUGUGACAGCGACUGUAAUGUAUUUCUCUCAGUGUUAGACAGUUACUCGCACAGUUAUAUAGAGAUCCACGAACAAAAUAUAUAAUGACGGAAGUAAGAAGAAGAAAAGGGGGAAGGCACAAGUCGAGCCCCCAUCAGAGGAACGGGUUUACAAAAGGGAGCAGCGGUCAGAAAGAGAAUGUUACUAUAUUUGGAUGGAGUAUUCAGCAAUUUCUGUUGAAUUUGUCGGGAAUUGUUCUGUGCUUAUACAUUGGAUUUAAACAUUCGUGGUAUAUGAGACAGAUUCAUGAGAACAAUAUGUGGUUCUCCCAUAUAAAGGAAGUUGAGAGGGAGAUAUCAUUUCGUACAGAGUCAGGUCUCUAUUACUCGUACUAUAAACAGAUGGUGAAUGCCCCCUCUAUCACACAAGGUUUGUACGCGAUUACACAUGACAACUUGACAGAGCAUCCUAGCACUAUUAAUGUAUUGGAGCGUAUGAAUAUCUACCAGGAAAUAGUUCUCAGCAUACUCUACAGGAUCUUGCCGCUAAAGAAUUUUCUGGAGCCAGUUUUUUUUUACAUCAACUCAGUGUUCGCCCUACAUGGAAUGUUAGUGUGUUCUCUGUUUGCGACGGCAUGGAUGCUGAGUGGCUCGUGGCUAGGGGGAGCUCUGGCUGGAUGUUUCUAUCUCUUCAACAGGUUAGAUACAACUAGAGUUGAGUAUGUAAUACCACUGAGGGAAAGUUUCUCACUUCCGUUUCUAUGGUUACAGAUUGCAGCCAUAUCGUUCUAUUUGAAACCAAAUAUACAGAAAAGCCGGGAGAAAUUUUGUAUAGGACUGAUAAUGGCCAGUACCUUCUUGUUCAGUCUGUGUUGGCAAUUUAAUCAGUUCAUAUUGUUGCUACAAGCAUUGGCCUUGUUUGGUGUGUGGAUCCUAGACAUGGUACCAGCACACAAGGUGCGUGUAGUUUUACUGUCACAAGCCUUGUCACUGUUCCUGGUCUGUCUGCUACAGAGCAUCAACAAAAUGAUCCUCGGGUCUCUGGUCAUGAGUUUUAUUCCGGCAACAUUUCUGCUUAUGUAUUUCAAGGGUGACAAUUUAACGCCGUGUACGAUACCAAGCAGAAUAUUUAAGGUGGCGUUCUACAGUUUUUCCGUCUUGUUGCUCAUGCUUGUCUUUAAUCUGGCAGCAAAGACUGUUCUAAAUUUAGAAGCAGAUGAGCAUAUAUUCAAAUUUUUACUUAACAAAUUUGGAAUCGGAAAUCCAAGAGAUUUUGACUCAAGAUUAUACCUGUGCAUUGAAGCGUUUGGUUUUCUACAACUAGAUACAUACGAGAGAAUGUCAAAGCUGCUGGUGUUCCCUCUAUAUGUCGGCACUCAUUUAACAAUUCUCAUUGUGCUAUUUAUAGCGGUCAUGCAGAACUGGAGUAACCAUAGUUACGAGGAGGGUCUCAAAGAUCAUCCAGCCAAACAUUCCCAUCUGCUCUCUUCAAGACCAGAUCUUGCUUUUCAUGCGGUUCAGACAGUGUUUUUUGGGGCCUUGGCAAUGUCAACAUUACGUAUGAAAUACCUGUGGACGCCAUAUAUGUGUAUCCUGGCUGGAUUUGGGGUAGCUGACUACAAGGGAUGGAGAUGUGUUCUUGCCAAACUCAGAAGUAACCAAGAGGUUGUUGUUCAGAUAGCUCGUCAUUUAACAUCAAUAGCUGUUCUUGCUCUACUGUUUGCCAUAGCCUUGCCACCAGCACUAAAGGAGUUAGAGGAUUUAAAAGAAUUUUGGGACCCAGAUACUGUAGAACUAAUGGAAUGGAUAAAAAAGAAUACAGCACCAUUAGCUGCAUUUUCUGGCAGUAUGCAACUGAUGGCUGGGGUAAAGUUAUGUACCGGCAGACCCAUUACAAACCAUCCACAUUAUGAGGAUAAACUGCUCAGGAUUAAGACCAAAGAGUUAUACCAGUAUUACGCCAAAAGAGAACCCGAAGAUGUUCAUAGUUUAAUGGUUAAAUAUAAAACAGACUAUAUCAUACUAGAAGACAGUAUAUGCCUGGCGCCCUCUAGAGGAGGCUGUCGUUUGCCAGAUUUACUUGAUGUGGAUAAUGGUGUUAUACCGGACAGUGGUAAAGCCGAGCCAGGACUAGUCAAAAGUCACGUGCCAAGGUUCUGUGACGAAGUGCGGCGACAGACACCAAAUUACUCAAAAUAUUUCAAGCAUGUGUUCACCAACAAAACGUUCAGAAUCUACAAAAUUGUUCAGUAGAAUUUUUCUUUCGUCUCAUUGUGUUACCAGUAUUCUGUUAACCCUCUCAGUGUGUUACUUUGAUGCAGUAAAUCAAACACUUUGUCAGCUUGGUGGCUUAAGUUACAAAGUUCAGUAUUCUGAUAUAACUCAGUAACUCUUAUCAUUCAAGUAUUGUAAGUAUGAAUGUAGGAAUUUGAAGUGGCAAUGGAGAUACAUACCUUAUUUCCAAUUUUCCUGAUGGCUACCUUUGAACUCCUACCUUUAUAUGCCUGAAUCAGCUGAUAUGAGAAAAUAUAGUUAAAAUUUUAAACCAGUCAGUCGGUUAAAAAAAAAGAGCACAGUUAGAUAGAACUGCUGUCAAAGACUGCAUGUAUUGCAGAGGUCAACUGAGUGUACAAGUCAACCAUCAAACUUCUCCUUUAAAGCCUCUCUAUUGAAAAAAAAAUUAGAUGAAUUUUUUCUACUCAAAUAAUUUAAGAGAAAGCUACACAUAUUCUAAUGGCUUAAGGCUACAUGGAAAUUUAAAUGCUGGAACAAUUUUCUCAAGUUAGUGUCAAAAUACAAGUACAUCUGUCAAAGAAAAUUGCUUUUCCUAUAUUUCAUUCCAGACAAGAUUUAUGCUUUACGUAUAUGGUUAUUAGUUUUAGUCUGGUUUUCUUUUCUUGUACAGUCAAUUAGACUGGUAUACAAUUCAUUUUAUUCAGGCUUGUUAUUACUUUCUUCCAUGAAAAACACAAGUUUUAGAUAUUUACUCAGAGAAGAGAAGAUCAUCAAUUAAUUAAGUGGCUUUUAAAGGUACAUUAUGCUAAGUUUUGUAUUUAAAAAAACAACAAAAAACUAAGUAUUGCCAUACAGUAUCAAGGUUUACGUAAAAUAAACAUGUAUUUGUGUAUAAACAGGUUAUAGUACGCACUUGAUAAAUGUACCAUCAUCAAAGUGCAAAAAGUAGAUAACUGAAGUUGCAUAAAGCAAUACAGUUUGGGUUUUUUUUGCGCUGAGGUUAUGGUAUAACAUGGGCCACAGCAUCAUUUUAUACUGCUGCUAAAAAAGCUGGUAGUCUUUCUUAACAAAUGGUUUUCACAUGACAUUUAAUUGUGACUGCAGUUCCGUGUGCACUGUUAUAUUUCAUAUCUUAUCUUUGAUGAGGAUUUUCUUCAUUUAAAGUAAAUACUUAAUGAUAAAAAUUUUAGUGAAAGAUAUGCAUGAUAUAUCUUUAAACUUUGAUGAUGAACUUUGUCUUUUAACUGCAACACUAUCCAGUUUAGCCACCCAUCAUGGAUUUAAAUAUGGAGACAGGAAAGUAAGGAUUUGAUAACCUAUCAAAGGGAGAGAAGGUUGUAUGUCGUUUUAGUUUUAGUAUGAGCAGUACUACCGGGUCACAGCAGUGUUGAUGUGAUUUUACAGGAAGCAAGAGAAAUUGCUCUUAGAAGAUAUAUGUUCCUUACUUUUCUCUUCAUUUCGUCAGUUUUAGGAUAAUUCUUUAAAAUGUAUUAAGAAUUUAUACUCUAAAAUGGGUAUAGUUUUGUGAGGCAGUUUCGCAAAAAUUUUCAGACAGUUUUUAUACAGAGUAUAAAUAUAGGGAAUACUAUUUAGUUGUGUGUGACCUUGUAUGAAAUUGAAGUAACUCUUAGAUUAUAGUAACAGCGUUGUUGACUUACUGUGUCAAAGUAACAUGUUUUAUUUAUUUCUAUCUUAGUACCUGUCUGACUUAAGAAACUCCAGUUAUUUUACAUGUUGUAUUAAUUUUUGUAGUAUUUGUAUCAUUUACAUUAAUAAUUGUUUGUUUUUGAAAUUAAUUUUAUUGAUGUAAACUAUGUUGUAAUGAAAAUAAACCAAAGUAAAGUUUAGAUGUUUUCUAAGGGACGGGAGAGGGACUCCCUUAUCUGUUGUCAUUUAAUCAGUUCCUUCUAACUUCCAGAUAAAUUCAACAUUAUUUUGGUGAAACAAAUCAUAAUCUAUAGCAAGUUUUAAACUUGGGACUUUUGUACUUAAAUUGGUACAUGUAUUUUAAAUUGAAUGUCAGAUUUGUUUCUUCUAUUUGACAUUUAAUCGUGGUAGAUUUUGUUCUGCAGAAAAAAUAUAUUUAUUAGUGACAGUUCAUUAUUUGGUUAUUUGUUAGUGAUUUAAUGGCAUUAUGAAAAUUAUAUUUACACCAAACAGCUCAAAAAAUGGUCCAAGCCAAACAGGUUGUCUGAAUCCAAAGGCAUUUUUUGUAUUAAACAGCUGAUUUAUUCAGAUUUCUUUUUCUUUGUAUUUCUCUUUAUAUUGUAGUGUCUGUAGGAUUAUUAACUUUAUUAAAUAUGUUUGCAUAGCAUGACAUGAUCUGUGAAACAUGAAAUUUAAGGUAAAAAUGCCCUAACUUUGAAAUAUCGAGUACAGAAACAUGCUGAUAAAAAGGCUGACACCUUCUACAGGCCAUUCACUGUAUAACGGGUUUUUUGUUGCCAUAAAAUUUUACAGAUUUCAGCUAAAACAUUUUACAUAACUUCCAUUUCUACAAAUUUUUGGAGACAAGUUAUCAGAUAGUUAUUUGAUUUUAGGUUAGGACAAUCUUUACAGCAAAAUUACCAUUCUUAUAAAAAAAACAUGUUAUAUAUGUUAAUUUUUCAUCUACUAAUGCCAGAAGAUUAUGCUUCCUUGUCGAGUUCGAGUAACUGAGACAAUUAAGUUCAGCCAGGUCUUGCCACAUAUAAUAUUUUGAGCAUUUAGGAAGAAAAUGUCUUCAAAAUAGGGAAAUCUGUUGUGCUACUGAGUCUCAAAAUUCAGUCAUCUACCUAGUGGCUUCAUAGAAAAUGGCUAAACAGUAUUAUUUUCAAUAUUCAGAUUAACAGAAAUGUUAAUUUAAUUAUAUAUGUAGAAAAAAGAUUGUUACUUUCUGCCAGCAAAUUGAUUUAAGUAUAAAAAAAAAUCUUUGGAAAACGUUUUUAUUUUUUAUUCAAGUAGUACAUCCACUAAUAUUUGAUCCAUCUUUUCUGUAUUAAGGUUUUUCUUUGAUUCCUCGUUAAAUAUUACGAAAUAGCAUUUAAUUGCCUUUAUAUAUUGUUACAUAAACACUCAAAGUGAGAUAGUAGGAACUUUUUUAAAUUUUCAAAAUAUCUUGGAUUAGUUUUGACAUUAUCUUCAAAAAUGAAUGGGAUAUUAUCGUUAUUUUUGACACACAAAAAAAAAAAGAAAGAAAGAGUUAAUUUGUGAAUUAAUUUCAGAAUAUCUUUGCAUAAAGAUUAAAGAUGAUCAUUUUAAAACCUAGCCCUUACCAUGCUGGACAGGAUUCAUUCUGCCAUUGCAACCAGUGUAGAUCAUGAUCAGCCUGCACAUCAAUGCAGUCUGAUCAUGAUCUACACUGUUUGCUAUUCAGUCAGUAUCUUUUUGGUAUACACCCAGUUUAACAGUUAAUGGUACUGUCCAAAUUGGAAGAUGGAAAUUUAGCAUGAUAAGUGUAAAAGACCUUAAGAAUGGUGACUUGUUUAUAUCUGGAUCUUGUGAAAUAAAACUACAAUUUGUUUUAAAAAAACACUGUUUGGAAUUAUGUGAAUCAUACAGCUACUGGUAGUUAUUUCCCUUGUAUUCUGGCACGAUAAUCCAACUGAAAAACAUGCAUACUUGUAAUUUUUAAUGUAUUUAUUAGGGUAAAAAAAAUGUUCCAUUUCUAUUAUUUUUAGCUCACCUGAGCAAUGCUCAGGUGAGUUUUUCUGAUCGCUCAAUGUCCGGCGUCCGGCGUCCGUGAUCUGUCGUCUGUCGUCCGUCGUCUGUCGUCUGUCGUCCGUCGUCUGUCAACAUUUAGCUUGUGUAUGCGAUAGAGGCUGUAUUUUUCAGUUAAUCUUCAUGAAUAUUGGUCAGAAUGAUAACCUUGAUGAAAUCUAGGCCGAGUUUGAAAAUGGGUCAUCUCGGGUCAAAAACUAGGUCACUAGGUCAAAUCAAAGAAAAACCUUGUGUAUGCGAUAGAGGCUGUAUUUUUCAACUAAUCUUCAUGAAUAUUGGUCAGAAUGAUAACCUUGAUGAAAUCUAGGCCGAGUUCGAAAAUGGGUCAUCUCGGGUCAAAAACUAGGUCACUAGGUCAAAUCAAAGAAAAACCUUGUGUAUGCGAUAGAGGCUGUAUUUUUCAAUUGAUCUUCAUGAAUAUUGGUCAGAAUGAUUGCCUUGAUGAAAUCUAGGCCGAGUUCGAAAAUAGGUCAUCUCGGGUCAAAAACUAGGUCACUAGGUCAAAUCAAAGAAAAACCUUGUGUAUGUGAUAGAGACUGUAUUUUUCAAUUAUUCUUCAUGAAUAAUGGUCAGAAUGAUAGCCUUGAUGAAAUCUAGGCCGAGUUCAAAAAUGGGUCAUCUCAGGUCAAAAACUAGGUCAAAUCAAAGAAAAACCUUGUGUAUGCGAUAGAGGCUGUAUUUUUCAAUUGAUCUUCAUGAAUAUUGGUCAGAAUGAUUGCCUUGAUGAAAUCUAGGCCGAGUUCAAAAAUGGGUCAUCUCGGGUCAAAAACUAGGUCACUAGGUCAAAUCAAAGAAAAACCUUGUGUAUGCGAUAGAGGCGGUAUUUUUCAAUUGAUCUUCAUGAAUUUUGGUCAGAAUGAUUACCUUGAUGAAAUCUAGGCCAAGUUCGAAAAUGGGUCAUCUGGGAUUAAAAACUAGGUCACUAGGUCAAAUCAAGGAAAAACCUUGUGUAUGCGAUAGAGGCUGUAUUUUUCAACUGAUCUUCAUGAAAUUAGCCAGAAUGAUUACCUUGAUAAAAUCUAGGCCGAGUUCGAAAAUGGGUCAUCUGGGGUCAAAAAAUAGGUCACUAGGUCAAAUCGAAGAAAAACAUUGUGUAUGCAGUAAAGGAUGUAGUUUUCAAUUGAUCUUCAUGAAAUUUGGUCAGAGUGAUUGCCUUGAUGAAAUCUAGGUCGAGUUUGAAUAUGGGUUAUCUGAGGUCAAAAACUAGGUCACUAGGUCAAAUUAAAGAAAAAUCUUGUGUAUGCGAUAGAGACUGAUUUUUUCAAUUGAUUUUUAUGAAAUUUGGUCAGGAUGAUUGUCUUAAUGAAAUCUAGGUCGAAUUUGAAUAUGGGUCAUCUGAAGUCAAAAACUAGGUCACUUGGUCAAAUCAAAGAAAAAACUUGUAUAUGUGAUAGAAGCUGUAUUUUUCAAUUGAUCUUCAUGAAUUUUGGUCAGAAUGAUUGCCUUGAUAAAAUCUAGGUCGAGUUUGAACAUGGGUCAUCUAGGGUCAAAAACUAGGUCAUAUCAUAAUCUAAGAAAAUGCUUGUUUUAUCCUAAGAGACCAGUUUUUUGGUCCAAUCUUAAUGAAAAUUGGUCAGAAUAUUUGUUUCCAUGAAAUCACUAGGUCAAACAUGUUUUACACUGUUAUGGUGUGUUUCUUAGGUGAGCGACCUAGGGCCAUCUUGGCCCUCUUGUUAUCAUAUAUGUUUAUAUUUUUAAUUCAUUGUAUAUAUGCUUUCAGCAUACAUCAAGAACUUGUACUGGGUAAAUUAAACUUCAACACUGGUGUUUUUGUAACAUCCCAACAAUAUGAUGAAUGUCAAAAUAUGAAAUUAAAUUUUUUGUGAAAUUAA